AGUCCAUUGAGGCUCACUUCAACCCCCCGAUCUACCUCCCCUUUCUCCAGAUCACCCUAUGUCGAAAGUCCAUCAAUCAAUCCAUCACAGCCCUCCCCCCACUGCCAUACCCACCUACCCGGAGACGGGCCUCCCUCAACACACUGCCGACCCCAACCAAGCAUGCCGACAAGACGGCAUCACAUGUCUUGCCGCGGCGAAGGUGGCGCCCACCGCACCACGGCGCGCAGACCACGCGCCGGGCAGCAAAACGCGCGCAGCGAACCCAGCACACCGCCCCUCUGGAGCAAAGGCGAGGCCAGAGCGGUCUUCAAACAAAUCGAAACAAAACGAUGGAGCCGAGUCUCGGGGCCGGCGCGGAAGUUUCUCGAAGGGCGCCGUGCGACAGCGACGGCGUCUGCGACGGUCAGGUUCUGCUGCGACGCUGUGAGGCUGUGGGUGAAGUGCGUCUGCGGAUGUCUGUGACGGCGGUGACGGACGGGGACCGCUGCCCGCGCUGCCGCCACACCGCCUCUAGCCACCGUCUUUCUUUUCGCACUCCACGGAACCUAUCCAGCUCCCCGUUUUUGCACCCAUGGCCGCUGGCGAUUCGAUCUCUAAACUCGCAGGCUGCACAGCGUCCCCGCAAACAAACAAACGCGUUCGCCGCAGGGAAAAAAAAGUCGCUGAGAGAAAAAAAAACUUCGAGAAAAAAGGUUGAGGAGAACAGGGUGAAACAGAAAACCGGAGCCCCAUUGUCGCAGGCGCAGCACAGCAGCUCCACCGCCACGCCCACGCGUGGCUCGUCGUCGUCUUCUUCCUUCUUCCGACGAUGUCGUCGGGCGCUGCUGCCGUUCUCGUUGCCGCAGCAGCUCUACUUCCGUAGCUAAUGUACGAUGACUAUUGAUUAUCGAAUGCUUAUUGCAUAAGGCUACAU